UUAUUAUCAAUAAAUACACAAUAUCGUAUAAUAUGCGGUUCGGAACUUGGACCGUCAAAUCGACCGAUUUUUAUAUGCGCGGGCUCGCCGGUUUUGCCGGCCCGACAACCGGCACGGGUAGUAAAUGUCCGUCAGUUCAGUGUUCACGAUGCCGGACACGGUUCGCCAGGCGCCGAUUUCCGGCGAUCGUUAUUACAACCCGCGCGGCGGAGACACGCCGGGCUUCGGCUCUACUCCGUCGCCGACCGUCUCGCCGUCGAACAGUUUCAAACGUUCCAAGUCCUCGACGUUCUACCUGCUGGACAGGCGUACGUCCCCGCCGCCGGGUCGCCUGCUCGAGCCCCAGAACGUAAUAGCCGCCACCGAACGGUCGGCCGCGUCCUUCUUCUGGGGCCUGAUCAAGGCGAUCGUCGGGCUACGGUGGGUCGGCGUCCUACUGUUCCGCGUCCCGUCCAUGUGGCUGCGCUUCGGCAUGCGAUCGGCCUGGUCGUGCACCCGCAUACCGUUCGUCACGGCCAGAGUGGCGUUGAGGUUGACGGUACACCGACGGCAGCGUCGACACCGGACCGUGCUGAUAAGCGGCGCGAGCACCGUACAAGCGCUGCACAUGGCCAGAAACUUUUAUCAAACGGGGGCCCGGGUGAUCGUUUGCGAGAUCGACGGUCGCGCGGAGCUGACGUCGUUCUCGGUAGCGGCCGACGGCUAUUACACCGUUCCCCGACCCACCGAGGAUAGCUGUGUCCAGUACGUGGACGCCCUGAGGAAGAUCGUCGAGAAGGAACGCGUCAGUUUUUACGUGCCCACCGGCACCACGGUGUCAUCGUAUCACGAAGCGGUCGCCAAGUCUCAUCUGGAACUGUUGGGGUGCCGGUGCCACACGCCCGGGCUGGAUGCCAUGUCGGUGCUCGGGGACCUGUCCGAGGUGUUCCGGCAGUGCAACACCCACGGGCUGCCGGUGCCCAAACAUUUGACGGUGUGUUCCAAGGAAGACAUCGUAAAACUAUACGACAACGUACAAUUCCGGGCCGACAGGCAUUUCAUCGUCAACGUCGGGCUGUCCGGUUGCAAGUCCCGGCACAGCUUGCAGCUGCCGGCCGACAGGAAGUCACUGAAGUUGCCCGGCCCGGUGUCUGACGACAGCCCGUGGCUGCUGGUGCAAAAUUGUCCAGGUACGUACUACACGACGUGCACAACCGUCCUGGACGGGAUGGUCAUCGGCAACGUGACGUGUAGGCGCGGUAACAGCAGCGUUCAUGCCGUCACGCCGAACCAAUUGGUAGACGACUGGGUAACCCGUUUCGUCGGCACGUUGCCGUUCGCUUUUGACGGCAUUCUGAUGUUUAGCGUUUGCGUAUCGCCCUCCAGGAAGGUGAUACCGAUGGGGUGCCACGUUGGUGUGCCGGUGUCGUACACGUCCUACACGAGCAAUCUCGAACGGAUAUUGUAUCCAACGCCGCCGCAUCGCAUAUGCUACGAACCCGAAAUCGAAAUCACCGAGAGGUAUUACGCGAUGGAAUUGGCGUACGAAACCGUCACCCGGAUGACCACCGCGGCCGGCCAAUCGAUCAAACAGUUUUUACACACCGUGCUGACGAAAAGCGAAAUGGUCUUUGCCUAUUGGGACCCGCUGCCGUAUUUCGUUUACUACAACUUACAAAUACCUAUCGAUUACGUAAAUAAUAUAUUGGAUAAGGUAAUGUUAUCGUGCCAGAAAAACAAGUACACUACGUUUCAAUAGGUAAAAAACACACAUGUAUAAAUACACCGAGAGGUUAAUAGGCCAAAAGGCAAAUGUUAUAAGUCCACCGUGUCGUUCUCCUGAAAUCGUUUUACGAGUCCGUUGGGUAUAAAGGUACUGGGUCGACUUUCCGAACCAACCGAAUAGGUAUUACGAGUCUAAAACUAUAAUAUUACCGUACCUAUAUUUUAUUUUCAACUGUAGAUGCGGUUUUCUUUCACAAAUAUCACAAUUCCUACUUUGGGACACGAUACUCGUUCAAAACAAUAGUAAUAAACCUCGAUUCGAAUAUAACUUGUUUUUUACGCGAAGAACCCGUUGUAAAUGAUGAGGAAAUUUCAACGAAAUCAAUAGAUGCCGAAUAAUAUUGUUAGGAUAUCCGUAAAAAUAGUCGGUGUAAGUCAAUACCGUAAAAAAAAAAAAAAACUUAAAUGGCGAGUCAUAUUAUCAAUUACAAAAAGUAAAAAAGGAACCAAAAAGUGAUACCUAAAUGAUGAACGUGUUUUAUAAUAGCUGUAAAACGAAAAAAACUACAAUUGUUCCUUAAACACGAUCUUAGCGGUAUUUUAAAAUUUUUUUUAAAAAACAACCCUAAUGCUGUAGAAUGUGCUAUUUGUACUGGCAUAGAGGAUUCCCGUUUCGGCCAAAAUCUAUUUUGUAAAGAGACGUUUCCACCAAAUAUUGUUUGGGAACCGCGCACCUAAAGUUAGAGGUACCUUGCAGUGAUAGUAAUAGAAUUCGUUACAGUCAAUAAUAGUCAUUAAUAAAACAAUAAAAUUAGUUUUAAAAAAAAAAAAUCAAAUAAUAUCCAUUGUAUUUAAAUAUUUCAAAAGGUCAAAGUAAAAUAAUACCCAAUAGAAGUAAUAUUGAUAAAUCAUUUGGUAUAGUAAUAAUACGAGUAGUAUUAUAAAUCGGUACAUUCAAUAAAUAUAAUUAAUAUUGUAAAAGUUUAAAAAAUCGCAUAAUUGAAUGAAACCGUUUUAACAACCUUCUAAUUAUACUAAUUUCAAUCGAUUUUUUUUUUUUACAAUAUUGCUUCUUCGGUAGUUUUUAAUCUCUUUAAAACUUUUGCUCUUGGCAAUAUUUUUUAUAUUAUUAUUAAAUUAUCAAUUAAAUGAUAUUGAUUUGUCACAAUAAGUUACAUUAAACUAUAUUAAUCUAUGUAUAGAUGCUGUACGUUACAGCAAUAUAAAUUAAAAUCGUUGGUUUCCAAAAUUUUUUUUGGGCGGAAACGGGAAUCGUAUCACUUUUUGUUUUUGGCGGAAAAAAGCUGUGACGGAAUCGGCCAAUGUUAUUUUGACGGAAACGGGAAUCCCCUUUGCGCGACAUAAUAUUAUACAAUUUUUUUGGCCUCUUACAUCAUUGAUAACCGUAAUUUUAAUAAUAAGUACGUAACCAAUAUGUAUAUUGUAUAAAACAUUAAUUUAUUUUAGUUUAUAUUAUUUAUUGUAUAUAAAAAUCGAUACACGAUUUCGAUAUAUUAUAGUAACUAUCUUUUGUUUUUCUUUUUUUUAAGCCAG